AUGGACGACGGCGGCUUCUCGGCCUUUGCUCAGUUCCCGGCCGAGGUCCGCCAGCUCGUCUGGCGCUACGCCCUGGCGCAGAGCUGGUCCUUCAGCCGGCUCAAGCGCGUCAACGGCGGCGGCCUCGGGCUCGUCGGCAAGCUGCAUCGGUCCGUCGGCCAGGCAUGCCGCGAGGCGCGAGGCGUCAUGCAGGCGACGCACGAGCUCAUCAACGGCCUGGGCUACGUCGACUUUGCCCGCCACCUCUUCUUCUUCCGCGACGCAAAGGCCGACCGCGGCGUGAUGCAGCAGGCGGCCAACGGCUGCGACCUCCUGCGCCGGAUCCGGCACGUGGUGCUCGGCCCGCGCGACUGGCCGCGGCUCUGGCACUCGCUCGAGACCAUGGGCAGCCGCUGCGCCGAGCUGCGCGCCCUGGUCGUCGUCGCGCCGUGGUUCGAUCCGGCCGCCAUCCUCGAGGCCCACGGCGGCUCGCCCGAGGCGGCUUUCGAGGCGCUCGACGUGGCGCCCUACGAGGCCUGGGGGCCGCUGUUUCGCACGACGCCCCUUGAAAUCGCCCCCGGGAUAGCUGCGCUCCUCGCCGCCGUCGAGCACGGCGGCGCCUCCAACGCCGAGCGCCUCUCCCAGUAUCGCGAGAGGCUGGACCGAGCCGUGCAGCUGAUCCCCAGCAACGUGGACGAGCUCGACAACGCCUAUGGGCGCACCCGUGUUGCCCUGCACAAGGUGGAACAAGCCAUCGUGGGCUUUGCUGGUGCAACCCCGAGCCUCUACCUACGCACCCGAGAGGAGCUGAUGUCUUGCCCUGAGACACGGGGCUAA